AUUUACAUUUUAUUGCAAUUCAUUUCAAAUUCUAUACCAAUUAAUUUAAUCAGCUCUACAUUCUACUAAAUAAAAUUCUCUACACAUGGCAAUCGUUUUUGAACGGUUCGAAUUUCUGAUUGGACGUAUGCUUAUCACUCGCUUCCUGCUAACUUCAUGCCACUGACAGUUCAUUACGGCUCGGCCUUCGCCCUUCGCUCGAGUUUGCUUUGUUGUUGCUCGCAGUUGCCGACAACUAGUUUUGCGCCUCGCCGCGACCGUGUAAUGUGACCUGUUGAUUUAUUACUAAUCGUGAUUUUGUGCUUUAGUCUGUGAUAAAAAUGACAUGAUGCCGUUCAUAAAUGUUAUUAGUGGUGUGCGUUAAGUGAUAUAGUGUUCAGUGUAAAAUGGGUUUGAUAACUUCAAGGGAGCAGACAAUGUUGGACGGCCCGGUGGCGUCGGCGAAGAGUCACCAUGUACGACAGCCGUCGACUAGGAACCGGACAAAGCCCCCGAUGCCGGACCGGGACGAGUUGGAAAAUCGUUUCGUCAAAGUAUUGGCAUCAAUGGACCUCCCCCCGGACAAGGCGAAACUACUGCGGAACUAUGACCUGGAGAAGAAAUGGGAGAUCAUAUGUGACCAAGACAUGGUCCAGGCGAAGGACUCGCCAGCACACUACCUCAACAAGCUGAGGACAUACCUCGACCCCAAGGCAUCCAGGAGUCACAGGAAACGAAAAAUGGUUGGCGACUCAACAUCGACGCAAGUCCUCAGGGACUUGGAGAUAUCCUUACGAACAAAUCACAUCGAAUGGGUCCGAGAGUUCCUGAACGAGCAGAACCAAGGUCUGGACGUGCUGAUCGACUACCUGAGCUUCAGGCUCAGCAUGAUGCGCCAUGAGCAGAGGAUUGCUCUCGCCAGAAGCCAGUCCUCCGAUGGGAUCAAUCAAGUAAACACCACAACAUCAGAAUGCAGCGGGCCCACGGAGACAGGCUCAACGAUGUCAGCGUCGUGGCGGCGCCGCGCCCGCAGCGCCGAGGCGGAGUGCGAGGGCGCGGCCAGCCCCGCAGUCGCGCGGCGCCGGACCAGGCACGCCGCCAGGCUCAACAUGGGAGCCUCCACUGAUGACAUACACGUCUGCAUCAUGUGUAUGAGAGCUAUCAUGAAUAACAAGUAUGGCUUCAACAUGGUGAUCCAGCAUCGGGAAGCCAUUAACAGCAUCGCUCUCUCCCUCGUCCACCACUCGCUCCGCACGAAGGCGCUGGUGCUGGAACUCCUGGCUGCCAUCUGCCUCGUCAAGGGUGGCCAUCAGAUCAUCCUCUCUGCCUUCGAUAACUUCAAGGAAGUCGUCGGCGAACCGAGACGGUUUCACACGCUAAUGGAGUACUUUAUGAAUUAUGAUAACUUUCAUAUUGAGUUUAUGGUGGCGUGCAUGCAGUUCGUGAACAUAAUAGUUCAUUCUGUGGAGGACAUGAACUUCAGGGUACAUCUGCAGUACGAGUUCACGGCGCUGAAGCUGGACGACUACCUGGAGAGGCUACGGCUGUGUGAGAGCGAUGACCUGCAGGUUCAAAUCUCGGCGUACCUAGACAACGUAUUCGACGUGGCUGCUCUCAUGGAGGACAGCGAGACCAAGACUGCCGCGCUGGAGAAGGUCAACGAACUCGAGGACGAGCUCGGACACGCUCACGAACGAAUGGCGGCUCUCGAGCGAGAAGCAAUAGCGAAGUUAGGCACGCUGGAGUCCGAGUUGGCUGCAGUGCGGGCUGAGAGAGACCAGCUCGCGGAAGCCAGGAGACAGGUCGUUGAAGAGGUGUCGACGUUGCGGCGAGCGCAGCAGGACUCCCGCAAUCGACAGUCCAUGCUGGAGUCCAAGGUCCAAGAGUUGGAGUCACUCACCAAGUCACUGCCCCGGGGAGCUUCCAUGGGUGCCAUCUCCUCCCACGCGAUGUGUAACGGCACAUCCAACGGCCACCACACGCCGCCGCCGCUCCCCAACGGCGACGCUCACCCGUACAAGUCCCCUCCCCCGCCGCCUCCCCCGCUGGCGGCCGCCCCGCCCCCGGCGGCCUGCCCCCCGCCCCCGCCGCCGCCGCCCGCGCCCGCGCCCCCCGCCCCGCCCGCGCCCCCUGCGCCCCCGGCCCCGCCCGCGCCCGGCCUCAUGCUGCCGCCCAUGCACACUGAUGCCAUGACCAUCAAACGGAAGGUCGACACUAAGUAUAAGCUACCCACGCUCAACUGGAUCGCACUCAAACCAAAUCAAGUCCGAGGAACAAUCUUCAACGAGCUCGACGAAGAGCGACCCAGAAGAAGGAUAAACUUCACAGAGUUCGAGGAGAAGUUCCGCAUCGGCGGCACCUGUGGGUCUGCACAGCUCGACACGGACACUGACACGCUGGCCUCCUUCCCCAGUAAGCGGUUCCGGAAACCAGACACAGUGUCGUUGUUGGAACACACGCGACUCAGAAAUAUAGCAAUAUCAAGGCGGAAGCUUGACACACCAGUAGAAAAAGUAAUAGCAGCCAUCAACAAUUUAGACCUCAAACAAUUACCAUUAGAAAGCGUAGAGAUACUCCAACGCAUGGUACCUACAGAAGCAGAACAAAAAGCGUACAAAGAAUACGUUGCAGAGAAGAAGAACAUCAACCAACUGACAGAAGAAGACAAGUUCCUCAUGCAACUAGCGAAGGUCGAGAGGAUAUCGGCGAAGCUCUCUAUCAUGAGCUACAUGGGCAACUUCUUCGACAACAUACAUUUGAUAACGCCGCAAAUCCAUGCCAUCAUCUCUGGGUCGUCUUCCGUAAAGUCAUCCAACAAACUACGCAAUGUACUAGAAAUAAUUUUAGCCUUCGGUAACUACUUGAACAGUAGUAAGCGGGGGCCGGCCUAUGGGUUCAAACUGCAGUCGUUAGAUACACUCAUGGAUACAAAGUCAACUGAUAAGAGAAUAUCGCUGCUGCAUUACAUUGUGGCGACCAUCAGACAAAACUUCCCCGAGCUGAUGAACUUCGACACAGAAUUGUUGUACAUAGACAAAGCUGCUCAAGUGUCGCUGGAGAACGUGGCGGGCGACGUGUGCGAGCUGGAGCGCGGCAUGGAGGGCGUGCGGCGCGAGGCGGACGCGCGCGACUCGCUGCGCGCCGCCAGCCCGCACGUGCUGCGCGACUUCCUGGCCAACGCCGCCGACAAGCUGCGCCGUCUGCGGGCCGAGACCAAGCACGCGCAGGACUCGUUUGCGUCUUGCGUGGAGUACUUCGGCGAGGCGCCGCGCGGCUGCGACGCCAACGCUUUCUUCUCGCUGCUCGUCAGGUUCACGAGGGCGUUCAAGCAAGCAGACGCAGAAAACGAACAGCGCCGGAGGCUAGAGCAGGCGGCCCAACAGGCGGACCACGUCGACCCCAACAAGGCCAAGCUCAUGCAGAAGAAACAACAGGAGGCUGUAAUCAACGAAUUAAAAACGAAAUCUCAGGCCGUCGGCGAAAAGAAACUGCUUCACCAAGACGAGGUGUACAACGGCGCAUUGGAGGACAUCUUGCAUGGGCUGCGGAGCGAGCCCUACCGCCGCGCUGACGCCGUCCGCCGCUCCCACCGGCGUCGCAUCAACUCGCACAGGCUCUCCAAGGGGCUCGAGGAACUGGAUGUAUGAUACGAGCUCGACUCCAGUCACGAACUGGAAUCCCCUGUACAGAACGCCGUCAACUCCAUCAACGCUAGGUGCAACACUGACGUUAAAAAACAAAAACGCCGCAAGGACCUAGAGAUGGUCCACAAAAAGCGGUCUAUAGCUAUCUACAAUAUAGAGGACAACGUGACCGAGUUCCCGGCAGAGGGCGCGCGCAAGCGGAGCUCGUACCGCGUGGCGCCCGCCGACUGCGACGCGGACGAGCGCUGCGAGCUCAUCAAGUCUACUUACGAUGUCAUAUCGAAGUACACGCGAGCCAUGUUCGACAAAACUAGCGAAACCGACGUAUGAACCAUGUGCCUAUUUUGUAUUGCGCGUAUAUUGCACUCAUAUACUUAAAUUAUACUAAAUAUAUAAUCCAUGUUAUUGGCUUGUUGCGUUAUGUGUGGCCUAAAAGGUGCGGUGUUAUAAACGUCCAAUGAUACUGACAAUUUGAAUUGUGAAGCGGUUAAUGUUGCCAUUUUAAAUAAUUACCCCGAUGAUGGGUGCAAUAUAUGUAAGAGAACAAUAAGUUUGAUACGCCUACGAUUCAUUCCAUUCCACGCGCGACAGCGAUAACCAGUAUUUUGCUACGAUACCAUUUACACGUGUUUUUUAAUUUUCUAUACGGAAGCUUAGCUUUUAGUAUCGUUUACACGCCCAUAGCUAUACCUACAAACAUGUCCAUUUUACAGUAAUAAAAAAACUCAGCACAAAUAUUAUGAAUUUGGACCAAAGCAACAUUUUAUAGAAGAAUAGUUUACGCAGCUAUGGGCAGUUAGUCCCGCUAGAUAAAAAAAAUGGCCUUUGAAAUAGACGCACACAAGUUUGUACCGAUUUUUUCGAUUUAAAUGUAGGUAUUCUAGGUAUAACGUAACAGUGUCCUUAUAUAUGUACACAUAUACAUAAUUACGAACCAAUAAACGAUUUUUAGUAAUAUUUAAUAUUAUAGUAUGGAACAUACGCAUUUAUAAUAUAGCAUUUUUACCUACUUGUGAUAGUUCAAAUUUAUCUUAACGAUGCGACAUCUAUUGGUGGUCUUAGUUACUAGUUUAUUGAAAGAAGGCCUUAUUUGAUAAUCAGAUUAAAAAAUUACAUGCGAUAAACGUAAGUUUUGCUAUUGAUAUAUUCAAUAAGUUUAAAGUAAGUUUUCAUGAUAAAGGCAAACUAUUUUAAACCUUAUACUGUUUGAUAUAAGAUCCCUUUUCCUAGCUCCUAAACCGUUAGAUGUCGUAUCAGUAUAUACUAUUUGUAUCGUAUAUUAAUCACAGCAUGAUGCAGUGUCUCUUUAUAUCCUGAUAUCAGUACUACAUGACACUUAGUUGUAAUUAUUUAUACAAUUCUAUUCCAUUUAGCUUAAGUCUUGUAUACAAAUUGUUUCCCCAAAAAAUAUCGGUAUUUCUGAUCUGGUAUCAUCUGAUUUUUAUUUGUAAUAAGUUAUGAUUAGUUACUGUAAAUAUAUUUAGUUGUUCUCCAGACUGUGAAUGUACCAAUUUCAAUUCAAUUAUCGCAUGAAUAAUAAAAUGUAAAUAUUGUAUUUUUUAUAUUAUGUAUAACUCAAGCUACUUGAGAAUGUAAGCGGGCAAUAUAAUUUAUAGGAUAUAUAUUUAAAAGUACGUUGAAAUUGGUACUUUUACAGUGUUUUUCGAUUAAAUCAGUUUAAUAAUUUAAUUGAUCCAGUGAAUAUUUAAUAUAUUGAUGCUUGAGCACAAAGGCCGGCUGCAGACAACGUAAAGUCACACAACGCUAAAUGUUACUAAAUUAUUAUUAUCAAAUAUUUUAUUCGAAUCGCUAUUCUAUAAAAUUUCGAACGAUUUUCUCAUCAAAUAUUAUUUAAAACAAUAAUAUUUGAAUGAUGAAUAAUUAAAUUUGAUCUGAAUGAAAAGAUCUUUUGCUUUUUUAUAUUCUUAUGUUUGAUCUGAGUUUUGCUUGUCAUUAUAUAUUGUGUGAUUUUAACGCCAUCUAUCGGCCUUGUUUUAUAAGUAAGGGUGCUUAUCCGCACAUUAGCAUGAUAGUUUCGCUAAGUCAUGACAAGAUGAUUAAAAUUCGUUCGGGAGUUGUAAAAAUAUACAGGGUUAUGUUUAAUAACUAAAGAACAUGCACAAAUAUAGCUGCGGGUCACUGUCGCUAUCAAUUAUCAUCAAGAAGUAAUUGAAAGUGGUGUUUAGCUAGUAUUACCUAUAAUAUACCGAAAUAUUCAUUUGUUCAAAAAGUCAGUUGGAUACAUAAAAAUACAUAAACUUGUACAAUAACAACCUCAGUAAACCUUCAUUUCGUUUCCAUUCUUACGAAUUCCGCACAAUAUUGGAAGCGACAAUGAGCCGUAGCUUUAAUAUUUAAUCUUAUUAUUAAUAUGUUGUGUAUUAUUAAAUUUAUUAAUGUCGAUACGGUUUCUCAAGUUAUACAUUUUGAAUAUUAUUAUUUCUUCGAGUACAGGUCAAGGUAUUUUAAAAUAUGCAACUUAACCCACCAUUUUGCCCCACUCGAGUGUUGUUAGUUAAAAAAUCUUUUGAUUUUAUUGUUUCUGCGAAGAACAGAACAUUGGUUGGAAAUCUAUAUUAAUUUAUUGUAGUUUGGUGAAUCUUCGUUAUUGUAAAGCUUAAAACAUCUCAGCGAUCGAAAGUGUAUGUUUUAUUUAUAUAAUAGUAUUAAUUAUGAUAUCUCAAUUAUAACGAUAAGAAGUAAUUUUUAAUCCGUAUUUGAUUUAUAUAAAUACAUUUUCCAUGAAUACGUAAUAUCUUAAUGUAAUAUUUUCGCCUGUACUCGGGAACUAUUUAAGUUUAGUAGAAAUUUAUAGAAACGUUUUGUGUAUAGUUACAGUAUGUGUUGUUUGUAUUCGAUUCCUGACGUUCUGUUAGUAUUGCAUGUACGCUAGCAUUAGUUACAGUAUUCGGAUGCAAUAAAUAAAACAUACAUUUAAA